AUGCCCACUGAAGAAGAGCCACAAGCAGUUGAAAACGAAAAUCCUGCCGCUGCUGCCGAGGCGGCCGUCGUCGAAUCCGGAUAUCGUUCAAAAAGACAAGCAGGCAGUAACGCCUAUGGUGAUGAGCCUGUCCCAGUAGUCACCCCAGCAUACGAACCUGCCGCCGUGGUGACCACCUUUGAACCUGUUCCUGAGGAGGAACCAGCAGCCGUAGCAGUGCCUGCCGAGCCCGUCAUUGCUGAGCCCAUCGUCGAGGAGUCCGGAUACCGAGCAUAG